CCUGCCCUUGGCACCACAAUGCGACCCCAUGGCUCGUACUCGGAAGGGGUCAUAGGGGCUGUGGUCCACUGCGACCCUGCUACCACCCUAGGUCGGGCUGGUACCACCGCGACCUGAUGCCGUCACUGCAGUCUCACCCUCCGAAAUCCCUUCUUGACCUUCCUUUGGGGUUCCAGUCCCAGUCCAUAUCCAGCCACCUCCCCGGCUGCUUUUUACCAUGUUGCAUGUCAUGUCAACAACCGCGACUUGACUGGUCAACAUUCCUCUGCCAACUCGGCUGGGAUCCCUGCACUCGUUGAAUCCCAGCGCAAGGUCGGACGUGAUUGAUCCCCUCAUUCUUUUCCCCUCCCCUCCCUGCCGCAUUCCGCCCAUCUCGGUCCGCCUUCGUCGGCCGGCCCUCUCCCACCUCUUCACGCGCAUCGAUGCUGCUGUCUCCUCUGUCUUUCACUUGAUACUCGCAUUCGCGUUUAUCGACGAUGAUCUCGCCCGGCUGGAUAUGGGCGGUCGUCCUGACUACCCUGGUCGCCUUCCUGGGAACUGUCACUGCUCUGCAGCUGGAUGUAAACGAUGAGCAAUCUAUCAAGAAUGCCGCCAGGACCACGGCCUACAAUAUGAUGAGCUACUACCAUGGCAACGAAUCGGGUCAAACGCCAGGGAAGCUCCCCGACACCUGGUGGGAAGGUGGUGCUAUGUUCAUGACGUUGAUUCAGUACUGGUACUGGACCGGGGACACCUCGUACAAUGAGGUUACCACGCAAGGAAUGCUCUGGCAGAAGGGCCAGAACGACUACUUCCCGGCCAACGACAGUAACUACCUAGGUAACGAUGACCAGGUCUUUUGGGGCCUGGCCGCUAUGACAGCUGCAGAACUGAACUAUCCUGAGGAUGAUGGCCAGCCAUCUUGGUUGUCGCUCGCUCAGGGUGUCUUCAACACCCAGGUUCCUCGAUGGGAUACCUCCAGCUGUCAAGGUGGGCUGCGAUGGCAGAUUUGGCCCUAUCAGGCCGGCUAUACCACCAAGAAUGCCAUCUCCAACGGCGGUUUGUUCCAACUCGCGGCUCGCCUUGGACGAUACACCAACAAUGAGACGUAUAGCAACUGGGCGGAGAAGAUCUGGGACUGGAGUGCGACAACCCCGCUGUUACAGACAAACGCCUGGUACAUUGCCGACACGACGACCACCGAGGCACAGUGCAAGGACCAUGGUGAUAUACAGUGGACGUACAACUAUGGAACCUACAUCAGUGGGGCUGCGUACAUGUAUAAUCUAACCAACGGUGCCGACAAAUGGAAGAAAGGACUCAAUGGGUUGCUUGCAAGUGCCUUCCAAAAGUUUUUCCCACAACAAUACGGCAGCAACGUCAUGUCGGAAAUCUCUUGUGAACCAAACAUGAUGUGCGAUCGGAACCAGGAUUGCUUCAAAGGGUUCUUAGCGUCCUGGUUGACCUUUACCACGACCAUUGCGCCCUACACUGCUGGCGAGAUUCUCCCCAAGAUUCAACAGUCAGCCCUGGCAGCGGCGAAGCAAUGUUCAGGCGGUGAUUCCGGCACUCAGUGUGGGCGGCGGUGGUACCAACCGCAGUGGGACGGCGAGACCUCGCUCGAGACAGAUAUGAGCGCCUUGAGCGUCUUCUCAUCCAGCAUGAUUACGCAUCAGAAUCAAGGUAACAGUCAGGGCCCGCUGACGUCGGACACCGGCGGCACCAGCAAGAGCGACCCUAAUGCGGGCACUGCUCCAAAGAGCUCACCCGACAAGCUGCCUGAUAUCACGACCGCAGAUCGCGCAGGCGCCUCGGUUCUUACUGUAGUAUUCAUCAGCGGCUGGCUUGCUUCCAUUGCCUGGCUGGUCUAUGGAGGUUGAGCCCCACCCGGGAUUUUGGUUUGCUUGAUAAUCUGUUCUGUACAUAUAAGUUGAGCCAUUAGAGGGCUACAGGUGGCUGCUAUAUUGGUUUAAUUGUUGUCUGGCUUGGUACUGUCUUCCCUUGGCUAAUCAAAACUGCUGGAUAGUGUAUCUCAUUUGUGUUAGUACCAGCCAGGGAGUUUCUUGGGAUGCAGGGGACAUUUGGAGUUGAGGUGCCUGGGACGCAGUCAUACUCCACGACCGGAGACAAUCCGGCGUUGUUAUUAUCAUUAUCAUUACCCUGCUGGCUUGUCACUUUUUGCAUGUCUAGCUUAACAUUCCAAAGAUAGCUGGAUGAGUUAGAUGCAUAUUGAGGAC